CCUAGUGCUAAAUCCCCAGCGACACCAUGGACAAGCCAGAAUCAAGGUGUCCUCCACCAGGCUCUCUCCGACUACUGGUCCUUACGUGCCUCCUGCUCCUGGCAGCUGUUCUGACGUAUCCUAUGCUCAGGACCCUCAGCCUCCGGUUCCACUCCUCCCUCACUGGGAGCUACGUCCCUGGUACCUAUUCCAUCGUUUUGGUCAACUGUCCCAAUGAGCAAAUCGCCAGAGACAUUGCCAGGGCCAUUCUGGAUAAGAAGAUGGCCGCCUCUGUGAACAUCUUGCCUAAGACGUCUUCACUGUACUUUUGGAAGGGAGAAAUAGAAGAAGCUACUGAGAUCUUAUUGUUAAUAAAGACAAAGACUUCCAAGGUCUCCAGGCUGUCCACUUACAUGAGGUUGGCGCAUCCCUUUGAGAUGCCGGAGGUCUUCAGUAUUCCCAUGGACCAAGGAGACGCCCGCUAUUUAAAAUGGCUUGAGGAGGCCAUGAAGGACUAAGCAGAGA